GUUGCGUGUCCUGGGCUAAGGGCUAUUGCGGGUUGUUUCCGGGUCGUUUCAAACUUUGCUACUAUACAGUAGACACUGGUCAUUUAAGUCUAGCAAAACUUGUAUGAUGUUCCACCCUUAAACGUAAAUUGGAGUUCUAGUUAAACGGACCCUUUCUGAAUCAAUUGUUAUGUUGACUAUCUUCCAGUCGUCGAUCCCAUGAGGAUUAUUAAGAUGGAAUGACCUAAGUGCUUGGUAGAGCCAACUAGUGCAUCUACGUGACCUCUACUUCUGCACUGGCUGGUUUCAAAUUCUACGUCGUUAAAGAUAUGUGCAAGUAGUCAGCUUCGCUUCGGGCAGCGUGGUUAUAUUAAUUAUGGUGAUGCCUGGUGGACAUUGAUUAAUUUUUCGUUUUGAAGGUGUAGUGUUUGUCUGCCUGGUGUUUGGUGAGUCGCUGCACCUCAAAAUCGAAAGGAAGAGAAUCGUUUUCUGGUUUCAGUAGAAGGAGAGGUUCUAGUUGUGUUGGUAGCGUGAGCACGUAAUCGUGUGGAGUUUCACUCUAGUCCCAGUCUCUUGAUUCAUUACCGUUUAUGAGCAACAAGCUCGUUUUUUGAUUGUGGGAUGUUAAAUCACGUAUACCUUCUACACAGUAAAGAUUGAUUGGAUACCAAGCUAAGUAAGUAAAGUUGUGCUGUUGAAUGAACAAACCACAACCACUUGAGAAGUGGUAGCAGCGAAUAAGAUGUUGUGUCUUCGUUGACGCUGUGCGGCAUCUUUGUCCACACUAAGUCGUUGCUGUGUGUUUCAUUUUGUUGGCACUCUUUUUGCUUGCAUAACUGCGGUGGGGCUUAACAUUGUGACUGAUCCUCGAGAGGGGAGAAGAAGAUGCCGCGGAAACAGGGGCGACCCCAAGGUGGCUCUUGGAGAGAAAAGUCUGCUCCGAAAGAGAAGCAGUCGACGCAGCAGCCAAAGGGAAGAAUAGCUUCUGCAGUUGAUCAUGCUGCAGCAUCGGAGCAUGCUGCUACAACUAGUGUGGAAGCCGUUACAGAGGCUUCGAUUAAGUUGAUUCCGAAGCAAAAAGAGGACGUUGUGCUAGGCAGCAUGGUGCGAACCGCUACCCCGGAAAGUCCUGCUGAAGACCAGACUUCAUCGAGCUCUUCGAGUUCCAGCGACCAUGCAGAAAAAGCGAAAAAGGACUUGCAAGAGCUUGAUGUUGGAGAUGAACAAGACAAAGAUUCAGUGACGACGAUAAUGAAAUCGAAAGAGAACAAUGUUGAACCAGAUAAACUAGAAAGUACCACUGACGAGCAAUCCUCGAAAAGCAACUCUAAGAAGGGGUCCGAUGGCACUAACUCGGAAAUACUGCCAGGUGCGAAUUCUGACGCAUUGCCAACGCUGCCAACUUUGCCUUUCCUUCGACCCGAAGAUGCAACGGGCAGCAAGUCAACAGUCACGAGCUCCUCUUCAUCCAAGAUUUCCCAUCUCACGGUAGUGUCUGCGUCACCCCGAAUGACCGCUCGACAACAGGAAGACGCGAAACGACACGAUGGAAAGGGCGGUGCUGGAAGCACCACACGACGUCGCAAUCAUGAUGGAAUGACGACUACUUCUCUCCUUUCGGUGCCGCGAGAGGAAAGUCAGCUGCUGGAGCGCGGACUGGAUGGCUCAGCGCUCGAGGAGGAACCACCGUCGCCGGCCAUGUCAGAGCGGACGGACGGGGGCUUGGCGAGGAAGCUGCAGAAGCAGAUCUGCACCAGCUUGGUGGCGAGUGUGAGCGCAGAGCUGGCGACGUAUCCCCUGGAGACCAUAAAGCUGAUGCAGCAAGUCCACGGCGGAUCAGCACUCAGCAUCUGCCGACACAUUGUGAAAACGAAGGGCCUUCGAGGCUUUUUUCACGGUACAGCUGCGAGAAUGGUGCAAACGGUACUGCGAGUUAAACCUUACUUGGUGUCCAGUCUUUUCUUCAUGGUGGAAACGAAGUAAGUGAUUGCUAGUUGCUACAACUAUGAUCUACAUACCUAUUUUUGUUAUCAGAGACGAUGUGUGAAGAUGACUUGCUCCAUGUGGAACCGUUUUCACAGGACUUUAUUGCAUCUAUCAUAUCAUAUUGAAAGAUGAAGUUGAAGUUUACAAAUUUGCACAUUUACAACAACAGAUCGCUUCCAACGUUGGCUUCUUCAUCUGGCAAGCGGUGCUUUCGAACUAUCUCUUGGAGAACAAGGAGAGCAACUGGGUGAGGACGCUAAUGGUGAAUAUGUUUUCGCAGCAGGUGACACGAAUUUUCACUUCGCCGAUCGAAGUCGUCGCAAAUCGUAACCAGGCUGAUCCGAACAGCGGGGGCGCUUUGCGCGUGUUUCGCAAAGUCUUAUCCCAGGACGGCAUUCAAGGCUUUUACAAGGGUCUUGGCGUAAGUCUGAUUCUGUCGCUGAACCCUGCGUUAAUGUUCACGCUGGUGGACAAAUUGACCAUCGUUCUGAAGCGCCUACUCGAGCGGGAUGCUAUCACUGCGGGUCAGAUGUUCCAGGUCUCCGCUGUGGCCAAAAUGAUCGCUACGGUGGUCACUUACCCCCUCAUUCGCGCGAAAACCGUGAUGCAAACAACCGGCGCUGCGGGGUUGGGCGCAGCAGCAAGCAAUGGCAGCCUCGCGGCCGUGAUGCGCGCCUUGUUGCAGAAAGAAGGAGUUUGGGGGCUCUACCAGGGCGUGUGGGUACUCAGCUACAAAACGGUGCUUUUCAACGCAUUGAUGAUGAGCUUUAAGGCGAGAGCGGAACGACUCUACAAUGAGGUCCUAGUACAGCGCGCGGUAUCGAAGCUAACCGAAAGCGGUGACACGGUUCCACCGGCAUGGGAAGUAUCUUCUCCUGACAGGAACCCGCAAGAAGAGGCACCAAUGAGUCAGGUAACUGCUUGUUCUUACAGCUUGAAUUUGUUACAUGCACGAUGACGAGAAGGACUCCUAAUUUCCAAUCUCGCCUUGCUUCAUCAAACCUGUACUGUAUCAACAUUAUGAAGUAUGUUACAGUUACUGUAGUCAAACCAACUGCUUUCUUUCAACAAGAGUAGUUCUGACUUGUGGCACCCUUUUCGUUUCGUCAGGUGGAAGCGCUGCUCGGGGAGUACCCAUGGGAGGCGGCCGCUGGAGGGAAGAGCGUGGUGUAUUGUGCAGGUGCCUGGGCAUUUUUGCAUCCGUCGCACCAGAACUUGCUGUUUGAGGCGCGUCAGCGUGGUGAUCACGUAGUCGUGGGGGUCCACGACAGCUACACCCGCACAACGAACUACGCCAGGGCCCCGGAAGAACGCUACGAGGUGCGCGUCGAGCGUGUGCGCACAGUGAAAGGCGUGCACAGCAUAGUGAAACACGCUCCGUGGAAAAUCGACGAACACUUCAUGAAGCGCAUGGGCAUUUCGAAGGUGCUCGCGGGACGACGGUGCAGCGCAGACCCUCGGGAUCCGUACUACAUUGCGGAAAGACUCGGAAAGUUUCAAUUCGUGGAGGAUCCCUACGACGGAAUGUGGCGUAACAUGAUCAAAGUCAUGUUUUCGAAUGUCGACGCGGGGAAUGAGCCUCCUCUUAUCAGCAGCCCAACGCACAGAGCCCACAGCAAAGCCAGGUAGUUCUUAAAUUACCUACUUUCAUUAUAAGUGGAUUUUUAGAGAAAUAAUGGCAUUAUUUGUUGAAGAUCGCAAUAUCCUAUUACAAUGAACUUUUCGUCAGUCAUUUGUUUGUGUCCUCAGACAUCGACUAUUCUCUUGAUUUUCAGGCAUAUGCCGCUGUUUCGAAGGGAUAGCCGUGGCGAACUCCGGAUUUCUGGAGAGCAGAAAGGCAAGCUGCGAAAAGGUAGUUGGUACUUUCUGUACCAGGCUGACCAAACCGAGCGUCCAAAUCCUAAUACCAAACGCGCGCGGCAUCUUCGUGAGACUGAGGCCAGACGGGACAAGAACUGGAGCAAGGAAUCCAGUCCAAAGGCUUCACCGGGUGCAGUCUCACCGCGUUUUAACGGCUUAGUGCCGGUGAAGACUGAGGCUCUUUGUGAAGAAGAAGUGGAAAUGGCCUUGACGGGGGCAGACGACUUGUCCCAGGACGAUUCCCGGCCACCGUCAAGGCGAUAUGUAGGCUCGCUGAAACUAGAUUACGCCCCAGCAACACGACAACAGCUCUCCUUGACGUCGUCUAUGGCAAGAGAUGACUCACCGACUCGGAGUCGGAACCUCGGACACCCUGACUCGGUGCCCUCGCGCAUGUCCUCCGUUGUUAAAGAAAUGAGCCCCAAAGCCACGAAUUCCUGAGGUAGUAUUUUAGGCCACGACCACGACGUACGAGAAGGUUUUGUAUUGUGCUUGGCGUCGUGGCUUCCUUGCCCCCUGAAGGAUCACCCCCCUCACUUUUUAUUUUUGGAAACAUUGAUCAUACGCAUGCAACGACCUGAGGUGAGGUAAAAACCCACCCCGUCAUGUCAAGGAAGUUUACUGUUUUCUCGCUUUGUGCAGUAGCUUGUCCCUUUUGGUUUGCAAGAUCACAAGGUAAGAUAGAAGUACCCAACUGCCAUGAGAUAAUAAAAAUGUCCCCUGUCAUCUGCAGUCAUUGUUGGUAGAAGAAACUCUAGGUACGAAUCUCUCCUAUGGAGGAACGCAGCUUCCACCUUUCGCAGAUUGCAUCACUCCUAAUGCACUUUGUUGCAGUUGGUUUUUUGUUCAUGGUUUGAGGUCUAGGUUGCGUUUGUUGCGUCUUCAUAGUCAAGCAGACCCUAACGUCAUCGGCAUUGCAUAAAAUGAAACGGUACUGACACAAAUCGUGACCCUAAUAUGUGCACUCCAACCUCAGAGACUGUCCUUGAAAUGUACGAUACAAUACUAAUUUUCCUCCUUCUUAAAUGUAUGUUACCCUGUUAAAGGCUUGAUUGUCGCUUAUGCCAUGCAUAUACGAGAAAAGAGUCCGCGGGAAAAGCCAUGAGUGUGGGCAACGCUCAUAAGUGCUAAAGAGUGAGCGCUGCUCACAUCAGCCUGCUAAACUGUGCAGACGCUGAAGUUGUUUUGGCUGUUUUCGCUUUUCGGGUCUGGCGGACCUUUUGAGUG